AUGCGAAAAUAUACACCACAGAUUGUGAAUGAAUGGGCAAUGAAAACAAGCCAUUAUAAAAAGGAAAUAUUAAACACCAAAGUUGUGUUUUACAACCCACAGCCACAACCAGCCUCAACUCAAUUCAUCAAUGUUAAAAUGAGUACUUGCUUUUAUGCUCUUUUUCAGAGUCAAAGCUAUAUGCUUUUAUGUAUCAGGAAAUUUCGGUCGGUUGUUGAGAGCAAAGUUAAGCGCCGUAAGAUGUUGGAAAACGAGACAUCGAUGAUACGAAUUGGUGAAGCAUUCAAUAGCAUAAGGCUGAGUGCUUCAAAGGUCUAUUUUUUUUCUAGUUUUUGUAGAGUCUUUGUUCCUUGGUUUUCUCUUGCUGAAUACAUUUCAUUUAACUUUCUGGCUAAAUUAAUAUUAUACGUUUUAAGCAAACGUCGGCUAAAGUUUUUAUUAGAUAUCUCAUUAGUUUUACUACGUAAAACCUUUGAAGCACUCAGCCUUAUGCUAUUGAAUGCUUCACCAAUUCGUAUCAUCGAUGUCUCGUUUUCCAACAUCUUACGGCGCUUAACUUUGCUCUCAACAACCGACCGAAAUUUCUCGAUAGUAGAGCAAAAUUUAGACACAUCGAUAUAUUUGAGGCUUCAGAUAAUUUGA